CUGACCCAUCUCUCCCUUUGCUCACACACUUUCCUGGGUGUCAUCUGGUUCCUCGAAGUCCCCAGUUGGGUGCAGCCGUGCUUGGCUCUUCCUGGACGCCCCGCAGUGUCCACCAUUCAGGGGUCCUGAGCGUGGGGACCCAGCCUGAGCCCCUCUGCCGCCGCUGACUCGGGAUGGAGGGGGUCAGCCUGCGGGGCGCCACCAGCCGCCAGCUUCAUCCCACUCUGGAGCGGCACCUCCCUGGGGCUGGGACCCUAACACCUGGGCCAGGGGGGUGGUGCAGCGGGGUCCGGGGGUCCGGGGACAGCGCGUGGUUGACCCGUCUCCCGCCGUCGUGGGGGCAGGGAGCGAAGGCGUCUCCGUGCAGCUCCCGGGCGUCCCUGUGACCCGUCUCUGUCCCCACAUGGGCCCGGCCACCUGGCUUCGGGGACGCUGGAGCGGGGCCCCGGGCCCUGACGUUUCACCCACUUGGCAGCCGUGUUGAGUGGCCGCUGCCAGGCGGGAGGCGGGAGGGCUGUCCGGGCCCCGGCCAAUGGUUCUUUCUACCCCCGGGCGGUGGCGUGAGGGACCUGUGGCUCGGAGUCCCUGUCCCCACCAGGCCUCGGGCCCCUUAAGCUGCAGCCGGCGAGGAGGGAAGGCAGACACCCCCGGGCCCGGGCCACCGGCCGCCACACAGCCCCAGAAGACACACGGGGACAGAGAGAAGCUGAGAGGAGGGGGAGACAGAGAGGGAUACCUGCAGACCUGUGUCACCAUUUCAUCCUCCCUGCAGAUCUUGUGCCCCUGCCCACGGCCUCCAGAGGAUCUGUGUCUGCCCGAGCUCUCCACAGAGACCCCGGGCUGGGCAGGGGGCACAGAGGGCUGGCUCCACAUCCCUUCUCCCCUGCCCCUGGGCUGCAGACGGGAGGUGUCCUCAGCUUCUGCUUCAGGGCAGCCUGUGACCACGGGUGCCGGUCCCGGUGGCGUCAUCCAAGCCGGGGCUGCCCCCCCAGAUGUGCCAGACUGGUGCUGCCUGCCCACGGGCUUGACCGCGGGCGUCACCUGCUUGCCAGUCACCAAGUGGGAGAGAGGGCUGGGGCACAGGACGGCGGAGAGGACGGCGGUGCUGAGCGCGGGGCCCUGCGCGCGGCCCUGA